UUGCUCACAGAACAGGAUAGGUUUUUACUAAAACUAACUUCUCAGAACGAUGGAGCAAAGUGCGGCAGAAACCCCUCAAAACACAUUCAGUUGCCAGUUAUGUGGUUUGAGCACCUCAUUUACUUACUACGGCCAGAAACCACCCAACACCAGAGCCAUUGUGUUGCUUGAGGAAUGUUUUGUGGCUAAGGAUCCCUUCAGUCCGGAUAAGGAAAAGUUUCUGGUGUUGGGAUCUACGUGCAGCCUGUGCAGCAUGUGUGUCUGUGUUGGACCGGACUGCAGCCUGUUCUACACCAAGAGGUUCUGCAUUGAGUGCGUGAACAAGCACCUGGACCAGUUCCCCCAGCAGAUUCAGGCCGAACUAGCAAAGAAGAAGCAGAGUUCAAAGCCCGGCGUCUCAUGACACACGAGGUCCUCAAACACGCUCACCAGACCGCAACAGAGCUUUCAUUUUUAUGGUCGAAAACAGAACAAAACGUUCAGUCCUAGAAAUUCUGGUGAAGAUAGUGAAAAACCAUAUCAUGGAAUGGAAAUGUAUCUUGUCUUGCUUUGAAUUUGAAAUUCAAAGGUAUCAUUUAUGUUAAACUCAGACUGCUGUGGUAUCCUGCUACUUGAUAUGGUUUUUAUUGUGAAGAUGUUCAGUUGAAGCAGCUGUGAGGUCUCAGAGCAGCAACACCUCCAGCGCUAUAUCUACUCUGAAUCGAGUUCAUGUUUUGGGGAUUAAAUCUGACUUGGUAACUCACAGAAAGAAAUGUUUUCUAACAAACAUACAGUGCCUUGCAAAAAUAUUCAUACCCUUUGAACUUUUAACAUUUUAUCACGUCAAACCCAAAGCCCACAUGUAUCAAAUUUUGAUUUUUCACAAAACAUGGCCUGAUUUUGAUACAAAACAAAAUGAUAAAUGGUUAAAUUUUUUUCUCACUACCUAAAAUUAAAAAAUGUGGCAUGUAUUUGUAUUCAGCCCACUUUACUCUGAUGCCUCUAAAUAAAACCCAGUUGCAAUGAUUUCCUUCAGAGAUCCCCUAACUUGUAAAGCCACCUAAACAAUAACCCUGUACAUUACCUUGAUAACACCAUCCUCAUGGUGAAAUAUGGUGGUGGCACCAUCACGUUGUUGGGAUGCAUUAGCAGGGAAAGGGAUGGGUACCAUUAAGUAAAAUCCAGGGCAAGCAAUGACCUUCAUAGGUCAUCUAUUUAGUAAAUAUAGUCCACUUCUGUGUAAGGAAGAAAGGAAUACAAAGUUCUUCAGACCAAUUGUUGGAAUUUUCUUUGCACUAUUUUCCAGUUGCUUUUCUCUCCCUAGAAAAAUGUUUUCAACCGGUUAUGCCUUUGAGGCCCUAACCGAACAUCCUCCUGCAUUGUUGCUUACUUUUCCCGUCCAACCGAAGCAAUGGAAGGUCUGUUUCCAGUCCGAGUCUCGGUCCGUACGAGGCCGCGCGCAGUUUACGGCAGCAAAAACACAUUAUGGAUUAAGUGUGAUCCUAACCCGAUAACAUCUAUGUAACAGAUGGCCUCGGCUGCCUUUAUCACGAGAUGUUUUGAGCCUCUGCGAGGGUUAAUUGAAACAGCAUGGCCUUGAAGGCAGGCAUCGUUCUGUUUUUUUUUUACUGGCAAAAAGCUGCAGAGGAAUCCCGAUGAUAAUCACUUGGAGAGUGGACUUUGAGACGUUGUAAAACUUAUGCGAGAAGAAUUUUCGCUGAUUUCAUUCAGUUGUUACAGAAGUGACUGUGCUUUCAAGAGGGAAACAAAUCCCUGACGAGAAGGAGUUUGUUAUAAAUUUAGCUCCACCUCCCCUUUUCUCCCCCCUCCGUUUUAGUGUUUAAAUUUUAAGCCCACAUUAGCAAUUACACCCAGUGAAGCACGCAAACCACACCAGUGCCAAAGUCUGACAGCGAUAGGCACUGAGCCAACAAUGACGGAAGGCCUCUGCUCCACAGCUGAUGUCAUUGGAGGCAAAGGCGAAGCUUUUUUUUUUUUCCCUGUUGUUCCCGAGGAAAGGCUUCACUGGAGUGACCCUAAAAGCUCCAUGUUAAGAGUUAACGCUGAUUAAAUCAGGGAUGAGGUUUAUGUGGCACAGAAUCCGAUCCGAGCAGUGAUGUAUCAUCUCUCAUGCAGUGAUUGCAUGAUUGAUUCAUUUGAUAGGGUGUCUUGCCUGGAGCGAUGCUUCAUCGCACUACUACUACUACUACUACUGCUGCAGGUGUUGUCACGUGUUUGCUGCCUGUUUUAUCCUGCAGGGGCACGAUGCUGCAGAUGGCUGUCAAUGAAAACGCUGUACAGAUUGUUAAAUCAGAUGAUGGUGGGAACAUAGAGCCUUGCAGAAGUAUUCAUACCUAGCUAUCUUUUUGCAUUUCAUCUACAAACUUAGUAUGUGAUUUAUGUGAUAGACCAACACAGAGUAGCAUGAGAUUAUCAAGUGGAAGAAAAAUAAUAUGGUUUUGAACUUUAAAAAAAUAUAUUUUGUAAAAUGUAUUUUGUAUCUGUAUUCAGUCUCCUUUAUUAAGAUAUGCCUGAAUAAAAUACAGAGCCCAUUGCU